AUGGAUGUCCUGGAAGUAGACGCUUUGUCAGAAGAAGACCUCGACACCUUUAGAAGAGCCCUGUUCGAAAACCAGGUCGUGGUCAUCAAGAACCAGAAGGGCAUCGCGCCUGAGACUUUGCCUAAGCUGACCAAAGUCUUCGACCCGACUGCGACUGAUAUUCAUUCUGCUGGCGAGAAAGCCGUCAGUGACCCCAGGAAUAUUCUUUCGGCAUACAAGGCAGGAAGAAUUCCAAGAGCACCGCAGGUGGGCAUCAUCGGUAGCGGCAAGUUUAAGAACUAUGAAGGAGUUGAAGAGCUGGAGGUGAUUCAUCUGCGUUUGCCUGGCGAAGUCACCAUCCUUCACGCGGUUAAGGUGCCGAACCUGCCUGACCAGAAACUCAAAUUUCCAGACGGGAAAGAAAAGAGUAUCGCCGCUGGAUCCACGGCCUUCUUCUCCGGGGCACGAGCAUUCCAAUUGCUUACCCCGGCUGAGCAAGAGUUUGCUCUGAACACAACCGUAACAUACGCCCCUCAAGCCUACGAAUACAUCAGACAAUGUAAAGCGACGGAGGACGGCUUGUCAAUCCCAACAAUGGGGAAAGAGAUACCCAUAGAGCAACUCUCCGAAUGGGCUUGGGAAAAUGUUGCUGAACAUCCCAUGGUCUGGCGCAACCCCCUUAACCCCGACCGACCAUUUCUCCAGGUCCAUGGUUGCUGCGUAUUCAAAUUGACAACUCGGAAUCCGGUGACGGGCGAGGUGUCCGUUGUAGAAGAUGUCGCCAAGGUCCGCGAAAUCAUCUACGGCUUCCAGAAGAGAAUCUGGGCGGCGGAGAAUAUCUACGCUCACCGGUGGGAGGAAGGUGACGUCGUCAUCUUCCACAAUCGCGGCGUCAUGCACAGCAUCACAGGACAAUUGGCUCAGUAUAAGGAGGACGAGGAAAAGAAGAGACUGAUGUGGCAGUGUACGAUGACUAGUGGCACGGCGCCGCAGCCGUUCAGGAAACAGCCUGGGGUUGUUGAGACUGGGUUCGCGAAGGCGGCAUGA